CCACCAACCCUAGGCAACUACAGGGACCAAUGGUAGCAUGUGGGAGGGGUGGGAGCCUGCCCAGCCCUGUCCUCCAAAUGGUGCUGGAAGCAGGCCCUGGCGGCCUCCCAAGGAGAGCGCUGAGAAGGUCGGCCAAAGCAAGGCAGAAAACAAGCUGGGGUGGGGUGGGCAGGGGGGCAAAGGAGGGGGAGCUUGGAGGGAGGGAUCCAAGGCAGUGGCCUGCAUGGGCACAGCACAGGCAGAGCCGGGCCCAGGAGUCUGCAGAAAUAGUGGUUCCAGAGGGCCCCCACUCUCAGGCUAGGUUUGGAGUCCUCUGUCUUGGCCUCAUCGUCCUUGCCUCAGCUUCUGGGAACCCACGAGGAAGCGGCUAAGACUGAGGGUCUGUGCACUGCUCCAGGAUGCAAGCUCCCGGUGCAGGCUCGGCCUCCGUGGUCUCGCUCGUGCUGCUGUGGCUGUUGGGGCUGCCGUGGACCUGGAGCGCAGCGGCGGCGCUCGGCGUGUACGUGGGCGGUGGCGGCUGGCGUUUCCUUCGCAUCGUCUGCAAGACCGCAAGGCGGGACCUCUUUGGCCUCUUCGUGCUGAUCCGUGUCCGUCUGGAGCUGCGGAGGCACCAGCGCGCCCGCCACACCAUCCCGUGGAUCUUCCAGGUGGUGGCGCGGCGGCAGCCGGAUCGCCUGGCACUGGUGGACGCAGGCAGUGAUGUGUGCUGGACCUUCGCGCAGCUGGAUGCCUACUCCAAUGCUGUGGCCAACCUCUUCUGCCAGCUGGGCUUCGCGCCAGGUGACGUGGUGGCCAUCUUCCUGGAGGGCCGGCCGGAGUUCGUGGGGCUCUGGCUGGGCCUGGCCAAGGUGGGCGUGGAAGCCGCUCUGCUCAACGUUAACCUACGGCGCGAGCCCCUGGCCUUCUGCCUGGGCACCUCGGGGGCCAAGGCCCUCAUCUUCGGAGGGGAGCUGACGGCAGCGGUGGCCGAGGUGAGCGGACAGCUGGGGAAGAGCCUGGUCAAGUUCUGCUCCGGAGAACUGGGGCCUGAGGGUAUCGUGCCCGACACCCAGCUCCUGGACCCAUUGCUGAAGGAGGCCUCCACAGCCCCUCUGGCACAGCCCCCUGACAAGGGCAUGGAUGAUCGACUCUUCUAUAUCUACACCUCGGGGACCACAGGGCUGCCCAAGGCUGCCAUUGUAGUGCACAGCAGGUACUACCGCAUCGCAGCCUUCGGCCACCACGCCUACAGCAUGCAGGUGGCAGACGUGCUCUAUGACUGCCUGCCCCUGUACCACACGGCAGGGAACAUCAUGGGCGUGGGGCAGUGUCUAAUCUACGGGCUGACGGUGGUCCUCCGCAAGAAGUUCUCCGCAAGCCGCUUCUGGGAUGACUGCGUCAAGUACAACUGCACGGUGGUCCAGUAUAUCGGGGAGAUCUGCCGCUACCUGCUGAAGCAGCCUGUGCGAGAGGCCGAGGGGCGGCACCGCGUGCGCCUGGCGGUGGGUAACGGGCUGCGGCCCAACAUCUGGGAGGAGUUCACCGAGCGCUUCGGUGUGCGCCAGAUCGGCGAGUUCUAUGGAGCCACCGAGUGCAACUGCAGUAUAGCCAACAUGGAUGGCAAGGUUGGCUCCUGUGGCUUUAACAGCCGUAUCUUACCCCAUGUGUACCCCAUCCGGCUGGUGAAGGUCAAUGAGGACACCAUGGAACUAUUGCGGGAUGCCCAAGGCCUCUGUAUCCCAUGUCAGGCCGGGGAGCCCGGCCUCCUUGUGGGCCAGAUCAACCAGCAGGACCCACUGCGUCGCUUCGAUGGCUACAUCAGCGAGAGUGCCACCAGCAAGAAGAUUGCCCACAGUGUCUUCCGCAAGGGUGACAGUGCCUACCUCUCAGGUGACGUGCUGGUGAUGGAUGAGCUGGGCUACAUGUACUUCCGGGACCGCGGUGGGGACACCUUCCGCUGGCGUGGGGAGAAUGUCUCCACUACAGAGGUGGAGAGUGUGCUGAGCCGUCUGCUGGGCCAGACAGACGUGGCUGUGUACGGGGUGGCUGUGCCAGGAGUGGAGGGAAAAGCAGGCAUGGCAGCCAUCGCAGACCCCCAUGGCCAGCUGAGCCCCAAUGCACUGUACCAAGAGCUACAGAAGGUUCUGGCGCCAUAUGCCCGGCCCAUCUUCCUACGCCUCCUGCCCCAGGUGGACACCACAGGCACCUUCAAGAUCCAGAAGACUCGACUGCAGCACGAGGGCUUCGAUCCACGCCAGACCUCGGACAGGCUCUUCUUCCUGGACCUGAAGCAGGGCCACUACCUGCCGCUGGACCAGGGUGUCUAUACCCGUAUCUGCUCCGGUGCCUUUGCCCUCUGAUGCUCUUCCUCUGCCUGCUAGAGGCUGCCAGCUGGGCCCUGCCAGUGAGGCAAGCUGGAGCCAGACAGCCCUGCCUGGGGAGGGACUGGCCCAGAUGCUCCAGGUGGGGCCAUCCUAGUGCCGAGCAGCUGGACCCCAGCAGGAGCCCAUGGCUCUCCUAUCUUCGCUCUCUUCUUUUCUCCUCUAGGCUCUCUCCUGCCUGAAUUCUGGCUUCUGUGUUUGUGUGUGUGUGUGUGUGUGUGUGUGUGUGUGUGUGUCUUCUCCCUGCUUCUGUUCCAUCUGCCCUCACCUCUUCCCUCUUUCCUCCCCUGCUCUCUCCUGGGAUCUAUAGGCGUUCAGGGUCUCGUUGCCCUCGAGGGGCAUCCCUGCUGGGUCCUGGACCCAGAGUGGAGCCUCCUGGCCUCCCUCUCAGCUGUGCCUUAAGGAGCCUCUGUCCAGGCCUCCCCAGGCUGCCAGACUCCAGGGCAUCCUCUCCCUCUCCGAGUGCCAGGCAGACCCUCCAUCCUCCCCCCUGAGCAGAGGAGCCACAGGUGGUCUGCCCCACUCACCUGGAUGUAGGGGGGCAUUGUUAAGGGACCUCUAGGCCAGCUAGAGAUCUCCCAGGCUGGGCCAGUUGCCCUCUGCACUUGACCAUCUUUGCUGGGUCUCCCAUACACUGUCUGCCCUUCCUGAUACCCGGAAAGUUCCAGAAUCAACUCUUACCCCUUGGACAUUGCCCCCUGCCCACAUGUCUCCUUUUAGGCGUCUCCACGGAGCUCCUGUUAGAGGGGCCUUAAAGAUUGCAUUGGGUGGCUAUUCGGCUCACCGUUCAGAUGCUCACCCUGGCAGAGCCCUCUCGGUGUCCCCAUUUGGCACGGCUACUGCUGGGACCCAUAGGAGUGGCAGCAGUGGUGUCAGGGGAGGGCUCGUGCCUGGGGGUGGUGUCCGAGAUGGACUUUUGGGCCUUGGGGGUUCCAGCCUGUUGAAUAUCCCCACUGGCCUCGUUGGUGAUGAUGACCCAGUGUUGGUGGUGACAUCCGGGAUGACACAGCCAGGAUGGCUCAGACGUCCCCAUUGGCCUUGUUGGUGGCUCAUCCUGGACUCCCAUGGUUGGGACUGGCCACCCAGACUGUCCGUCCUGCUCUCCUCCUGCAGCGGCAUCCAGCCCCACAAACACUGGGACCAGCGCUGUUGCAUGUGGGCCUUUCCAAGCACCAAGGUUUUGUUUCCUGGUUGAAUUCAAGAAAUAAACCUGCAGAGUGUCUGGUGCCCGAA